AUGUUCUUCAGUUAUGAGCAACUUAUUAAAUCUGAUGGACAAUUUUCCGUUGCAUGGCUUCUUUCCUUUUUCUCUAAGAAAACGAUUCCGAGAUCUACUGCUUUAUCAUGUUCAGUAUCACAAAUCUGCGAGGAACUAAUAAAGCGUUGUCCAACUAGAAAUAGUACAUUUGCUGAUGUUAAAAAAAACUUUUCUUUGUACCUCCAUGGACGAUUGCUCUAUGGGGCCACCAUUUUGAUGUUCAAGAAACAAGCAAUGCUUGAAAAAGAUCUGGAGACCCUUUAUGAAAAACUAAGAAGCCAUUCUUGGCGACGUUUUCUAGAUACUGAACUGAAUACCAGUGAUUCAAACAACCAAAUGUUAGAAAGUGAUAUGGACUUCAACGCUAUGGUUAAAAGUUUGGAUAAAAACUGGCUGCAACUCCUUGACAGCGAUUCGAUCUUCGAGUUGAAUUCUAUGGAUGAAAGGGAAAUACCUUUCGAUUUCUUAACCAACGAAUCCAUUACUGCUAAUGCCCAGACCUGCUCAGAUAUAUCCUUGCUCACCGAUAUAUCCGGGUACCUUUUCAAUAACGCGGGUCCAUUCCAAGUUUCCGACUUUUCUGAUAAUCUUGAAGAUAACAAUCGUAACGUUUAUCCUAACAUUGAUCAUUAUGAAGCUCAGCCUGAUGCUCUACCACCAGAGUAUGAGCUGUCCAGCUUUCCGAAGGAUUCUUUCCAAAUGCCUGCACGAUUAGAACCAGAAAAUAAGCAAGCAUCUGUUCUACCUCAGCCGGAGCCUGUGCCUGCGCCGCAUGAAGAAUGCAAGCAGGAGUCUGAAGAAGAAAAGCAUGAGCCUGUGCCACAAGAACCAGAACCUGUAAUAGCACCAGCAGUAGCGCCAGUACCAUCACCGGGACGAGAAUACAAGCAGGAGGCAGAGCUAGAACUUGUACUGCAAGAUGAUUUUCAACUAGCACCAGCACAUUCACUAUUGGAUCCCGCUGUACAGAUACAAAAUUCUGAACAGGUGUUCGAAGAAUCUUGGCAGUCAUUAUUGAAUCAUGCGGCUGAAGAUCGGGAAAAUAAAAAGAGAGAAACAUUUUCCGAUAGAAUGGAAAGGAGGUUCAGAAAGAAAAAACAGACUUUUGACGAAACCACAAAGCUAUCAGAAGACAUGAUAUUGUCCAACAUUGAAACGUACGCCGAUACAUUGGUUGAUAGAAAAAUCGUAGAACCGGAGAAAACCUAUCCGACUGUGGAUGAAUUGCUCCAACUAGCAAAUCCUGGGUGGCCAAAAAAAUUACACUACCUUUUCCGAGCUGUUCCUCACAAACCAAUGAAUCGGGAAGAAACAAAAACAUUGUUCAAUACAUUCCCUGUUGCGGGAUUUUUCAAAGAGGCUGAUGAGUCUCAUUAUGAGGAAAUGUUUGACGAUAUGAGCAGAACUCCUGGAUAUACUGGAAUAUACGAGGAUUCGCUGUAUGGUAAUGCGACUCCUGGACGAUGUGACGAUCUUACAGCAAUGUCACGGGAAGGAAGUGAAGAAACUGAAAAAGUCCGUCGUGCAACAAGAUCUUCUAUUUUUGAACCGUUCGCUCCUGCGGAUAUCGAGCUUGCAGACGAUGUUUUUACCGAAAGCGCCCAACCUGGAAGAUUCACUUUCUGCAUUAAAGGAAAAGUUCUAGAAGACAGGAAGAACACUUAUGAAAUAAUAAGAACAGAAAUUAAUGAUUCUGAAGAUGGAUUGAUGUUCUCAAAACUACUCCCUGUGUCGACUACAUCUUAUGACAUUGCAGCCAAAUACUUCGGAUGCUUACUAGAUUUGCUCGCGUUGAAGGAUAUCAAAGCUGAACAACUUGAACCAUACGGUGAAAUUAUUCUUUCGAAACGUUAA